AUGUGCUCGACCGGCUCGUUAUUGAUAGAUAUUGAAGAAGACGUCGAAUAUUGCUCUCCAACAAAAAACGGACGCGGCUUCAUUGGUGGCUACAAAACCCCGACAUCGUUAAAACUCCUUGAGCACUCAUCCCACGAGAAGAAGAGCCCGCACGACAAGUUACGCGCGACGAUGGGCGCCUCCGGCGGCUUGGUGGUAGCAGGACUAGCCGGUGCUGUUGGCCUCGGGAUCUCGCUUGCGGCAAUUCCUUUCGUCACGCCGGCUUUGAGGAGGGUCUGCAUCCCGUACGUUCCCGCGACGCCACAGCAGCUAUCGAAUCUGGACGUUGCACUUUCGGCGGUUCCGAACAAGGCCCCACUUAUCGACCUCGGAAGCGGAGACGGACGAGUUGUACUGCAGUGUGCUGAACGAGGAAUACCGAGUGCGGGCGUCGAGCUGAAUGCAGUUCUCGUUGCAUAUUCGAAAUGGAGGGCUCUUCGGACUGGGAUGCGCAGCAAAGCCUCCUUCUACCGCAUGGACCUCUUCAAAACGGACCUUACCAAGUACAAUACUGCCGUCAUUUUUGGCGCAGAAUCGUUGAUGGAUUCGCUUGUGCCGAAGCUCGAUGAGAUGCGCGACGGUUCAAGAGUCCUGGCCUGCCGCUUCCCGUUACCUGAUCAUCCCCGAUGGCAAUUGACAAGUCAAGUUGGCGAAGGAAUCGAUGCCGUAUGGGUCUAUGUGGAUAACAUGGAGGAUUGUGCAGCUGUUGGAAUUGGCGCCCUAGCCUGCAUCUUGACAGCAACGGUAAUUGAGGUCCUAGGUGUUCCUCGUACAAAGAAAGUAAUUACUGAGCUGGCAAGGCGCGGUUCGGAUAUAACAGCCCUGCACUUACUUCAGGACUUUCUAGGACAGAAAUGGUCCGUGCUCUCCUUAUCCUCCUUGCCGUCGGUUUUGCUUCGGCAUGCCUUAACCCUUGCUGCCCACCACCCAGACUCUGUCUGCCGCCGAUUCAGCUGCCUUCCAUCCAGCUGCCCACGAUUUCCUUCCCUCAACCAUGCUGCGGAGGAUGUGGAGGAGGAUGCGGAGGAGGAGGCUACUCUGGCGGCGGCUAUGCUGCCCCACCACCCCCUAGCGGAUACGCCUUCGCCCCUCAAUCUGGAGGCUUCGCUCCCCAGGGUGCCCCAGUCAGUUAUGGACCUCAGGCUGCCCCCCUCCGGUUACGCUGGACCCCAACCUUCCAUCCAGCCAGUCUUCGCCUCUGCCCCCCAGGCCCAAGGCGGAUACGCCGCUGGCGCUCAGGGUGGUGCUAGCAGCAGCGGAUACGCCAGCAAGGCCAAGGGAGUCCCCAACCACGAGACUCUUCCCGAUAUGGUCGCCAUGCCGGAGCUCCCCCUCUCCCGUGCCAUCCGCUUC